AUCACCUCAAGUGUGUACUGGCACUCGGUACUGUCAUGUCGUAUGGAAGCAUCAAGAAUUCUGUCCAUACAUUUAUUCAUGUGAAAUCGUGAAGGGUUCACUGCCCCUUUUUCCUAGUGAUGAUUAGUCCAACACUUUCUCAUUGUCUCGCGAUAAUGAGAACAGAGACAUUAAGCUUGUAAAUGAGUCAUUUUAAAGUGUGGGAUUUAAUUAUUAAGAAUAAAAAGUGGGAAUGGAAGACAAAAAGGGCAGUUUUUUCCCACCUUUUUAUUUUAUUAAUUUUCUUUCUCUGAAAGCUGUGGAGAUUUGCGGACUACGGCGACUCGGAUGUUUUUUAUCGGGCGAAGAUCUCAACUUGUAGAACAACCCGCACUCUAAUGGAAGGGGACUCCCCUGACCGUGAUUCUGUCGAGUCUGGAACAAAGAGGUCUAGUGCAUCAUCAGGAGGGAGAUCACGAGGUCGUAAAGAGUUCCUCAGAAAGUUUGUACACCAUCAAUUCCUGACAGAAAAGCUUGAAGACUGGUUUUCAGCAAUAUCAGAAAAUUCGGCAUGUACAGCUCCUGUGUUUGAUGUCCCUUUUGAGUUGUCGGAAGUUCAAAAGUUGGAUUAUGCACUGGAAGGGUUUUCAUUUCAGCAAUUGAUUCGGAUGCCAAGUGCUGUUUAUGCAUCAACGUCAGAUUCUGUUGAAGCCACUGCCUAUCUUGCCAUCGAAGAUUUCCUACAUGCAGGUGUGAAGGGGUUGUGGGAGGCAUUUUGGAGUCAAGGUGGGCCUCUGCCUUUCUCGAUUUCCUGUCUGCACAGUGAAAAUUUGAAAUUCUAUGCUGCAGAAAAGGCAAUUGCUAGUGGAAAGCUUGAAGGCCUUUGUGCCACUGCUGUAAUGCUGAAGAGCACCCGACAUUCACAUGGAAAAUGGGACCACGUUCUUCAAUUAGUACUGAUGAGGCCCGAUGUUGGGAGUUUUGCAAUUGAAAGUAACCAGCUUCCUUCACAAUCUGUCCUAGGGGAAGCACUCUUCUUUGCUUUGCGUAUACUACUAUCGAGAAGCCUCAGCAGAUCUAGUAUCCUUAAUAAUUCUAGUUGUGUCUUUGUACUUAUUGUUGAUUCGCAAUAUGGGGGAGUUUUAAAAGUUGAAGGAGAUCUGAAUAAAUUGGACUAUGAUGUGAGCAGUGUCUAUGAAUGUGCUGCUGAAUGGAUCAGAAAACAUUCAAGAAUUGCAGUUUCACCCAUUGAUAGGAUCUGGAACAAGCUUGGGAAUGCCAACUGGGGGGACGUAGGUGCUCUUCAGGUGCUUCUGGCAACGUUCCAUUGUAUUGUUCAAGUAGCUGGAAUGCCAAAACAUUCAGUAGAUGAUUUAGCAGCAGAACAUUGUUCUCGCCUUCAAACCCGAAGAGCAGAAAGGAAAUUGGGGGAUAACAGAAUGAACGGAAAUGGUUUAUUCAGGUUUCAGCAUCACGGUGGUACCUCUGAAAUUGUUGAAGUUCAGGAUGAAUCCAUCAAUGUUGAAUCUGAAGAGGUAAUGAAGCUGGAUGCGGGAUCUGUUCUGUUGAUGGAGGAUUCAAACUGGCAAAAAGGUUUUCAGAUCAAUGAAGUUUUGCGUGAUGGCGAACUUUUGUUCUACAGUGCAACUUCUUUGGAAGAACCAAGAAAGGAUUUAUUUUUGUAUGUUGGGUCUCAUCCUUCUCAGCUGGAACCGGCAUGGGAAGAUAUGAACUUGUGGUAUCAGGUUCAGAGGCAGACCAAAAUAUUAACUGUUAUGAAACAGAGGGGCCUCUCUAACAAGUAUUUGCCUCAGCUGGUUGCAUCCGGCAGGAUAAUUCACCCUGGCCAAUGUAGGAGACCAAGCUCUGGUGGGAAUUGUGACCACCCAUGGUGUGGAACUCCAGUCCUUGUUACCAGUCCAGUUGGUGAGUCAGUUGCAGACUUGCUCAGAGAAGGACGAUUUAAUUCAGAUGAGGCUCUUAGGUGUUGCCAUGAUUGUUUAUCUGCACUGUCAACAGCAGCCUCUGCUGGAAUUCGGCAUGGAGACAUCCGCCCAGAGAAUGUGAUUCGUGUAAGCACUGGUGUCAGGCAUCCUUAUUAUGUCCUUAUUGGGUGGGGGCAUGCUAUUUUAGAAGAAAGGGAUCGCCCAGCAAUGAAUCUUCUUUACUCUUCAACUUAUGCUCUUCAGGAGGGUAAGUUAUGCUCAGCUUCAGAUGCAGAGAGUCUGGUCUACUUGAUCUAUUUCUCGUCUGGUGGGGUUUUGCCAGACUUGGAUUCUGUGGAGGGAGCACUCCAGUGGAGGGAAACCUCUUGGUCGAGAAGACUGAUUCAGCAAAAGCUUGGCGACAUUUCAGCUGUGCUGAAAGCCUUUGCUGAUUAUGUUGACAGUCUUUGCGGUACACCUUAUCAUAUGGACUUUGAGAUAUGGUUGAGAAGGUUGAGAAGAAAUAUUCAUGAAGAAGAUCAUGGUAAGGAGGUUGACCCAUCAGGGUAGUUUUUUUUUCCCCCUUUAAAAUAUAUAUAUAUAUAUAUAUAUAUUUUUACCCUAGUAGCUAUAGUGUCAGACCGAGUCCUCAUGAACUUCUUCAAUGCCAGUUCCCAAUGUUUGGGACAUGUUUGGAUUUUCAUGAGGCCUCUGAAACCAGAAGUGAUUUAAACAGUGUUGUUCAGGCUGGAGUUUUUUUUUUCCGAUUGGUUAACAAAGCUGUCCAGAUUCCUGUUGAUUGUUUCGCUUCAACCAUAGAGGUCUAUGGAAAGUAAUCACCGGCACAUGGAUGGCUCAUUUCUUUUCCAGUUGGGUGUGCUGUAUUUUUCUCUGGGGAACUUUGAAUCAUCUUUUAUGACUGCUUAAAUUUGCUCAUAAAGUAAGCCCCAAUAUGAAGAGUUCUCGAGGCCAUUUUCAAUAUUUCAUGGAGUUCUGAAUUGGGAUUGUGUAAAUCAUCUGUCAACAUUAACUUGGUUCCCUAGUCCUGUCUGAAAGGCCUCCCUUCUCGGAGAUUUUGAUGCCCCAUUCAGGUUUGAUUGUAUUUAUUAUUGUUAUUUUCCCCUUUGUAUAGAUCUGGGAUGUUCACAUUUCUUGGAACAUCUUGGUGUAACUGUUUCAUCUGGGCUGGUGUGCAAAGUCUGCAGCAUAUUAACGGGUUAUUGGUUUCAUUUAUCUUGGGGGUGUUUUCAUUUAGGUAAUUUGUUCAGACCAUAACAUUCUGGAGCAUAUGAGGUGCUACAUUUUCUUUCUAGUUGUACAAUUCAACCAUCUCCUUUGAGAUUUUUUUCUUAUUUCCUAGAAUUUAACUUCUA